GGUGGGGCUUCCCAGAGGACCCUGGGCCUGCAGCCCAUCCCCUAGGCCGCCCCUCUCCCAGCCCUGGCCCUUCAGACUCCAUGGGCUCCCAUUACCUUGGGAGAAAAGCAGGGUGCAGGACCUGCGAGACUGGGCCCAGCCUCCAGCGCCUCCCUUGUCCCUGGGAGCCUGUGCUUUGAGGCCAGGUGGCAGGUGUGUAUCAAAGGGCAGCCUGCUGCAGAUCGCCAGGUUCUUGUUCAAAUCGCUUUGAAUCAGAAGGCCUGGGUGGGGCCGGGCUUCUGUGUUUGUAACAAGCCUUUGAGUGAGGCUGAUGGGUGCAUCGCCCCUGGUCGACUUACCUGGGCUGUGUGCCCACGCUGCCACUUUCCAACCCAUGCUGAACCUCAUCCAGCCUGUCUGCCCAUCUGUAACCAUCACCAGCUGGGAGGAUGACUUGCCAUUCAUUCAUUCAUUCAACAAACGCUCCCUUGGCACCAUCUACGUGCUGCAUACACCUGUACUUCGGGGGGACCCCUGCUGAAUAUAUUAAGGCCCGCUCUCAAGGUGGCUGUGUGUGUGUGUGUGUGUGCGCGCGCACAUCAACAAGUAAGAGCUUCCAAGAGAUAAAACAGGGCUAUGUGAGAGAGGGACUGAUGGACAAAUAACCAAGUUAGGCACGGCCGGUGCUGAGCCUUGCGGGGGUUGGGGGGCUGGGGGAGCCCUAUGCCUGCUGCCCUAUCUGGGCUGGGAGUGGUGCUAGGGCAGAGGGGAUGAUGUCUGAGCUCAGACUCGGACGGUGAGCAAGAGGUGGCUGGAAGGGAAGAGCAAAGGGCAGUAAGAGGUCACAGUGGAGAGAGCUCUGGAACGGUGCUAGGUGGGGCCGGGCUGGCGAGGGCAGUGGGGGUCAGGUUACCGAGGCCUGCCCGGCUGCCUGGGAGAGAAUGGACUUUCUCCUGGAGCAGUGAGGAGUCUGGGUGCAGAGGGUCAGCAGGCAGUGGCAUCGUCGUGUUCGUGUGUGGGGAAGGGGCUGCAGCUGAAUGGACAGGGGAGGCUGCAUGGGGACGAGGGCAGCCCUCAGAGUGCGCAAGCUGGAUGCUAGGGUGCGGAGAAAAAUGCGGGCCCAGAAGGUCUGUGCGGGACAAGUCCAGCGCGCUGGACCUUGUAUGAGUCCAGGAGCACAGGAAGGGAGCUGGAGAAGGGGUCAGCGGUCCAUAAGAGGCCUCCCCGGAAGGUAGUCUCCAAAUAGCUGGCCUUGGACGGCCCAGCAGAGGGCCUCCUGCCCUUCAGCUUCAAGGCCUUUCCGUGUGCUCCUUGGGUGGUGUAAUGAGCGACCAAGUCCAGCGUGGAGACCCCACCACCGGCUCCGCCCUCCCUGCACUCUCCCUGCCUCAGCAGCAGCGCCCAGCGACCAAAGCGGACACUGGCCAGAGCCCGGAGCGGUGGCCUGGGCCGAAGCCUAGCUCCAGUGUUGCUGGUGAUGCCCGCCGGCCAGGCGCGGCCUGUCCCUGCAGCCGAAACCCCGCCGAGCCAUUACACCACCCGGGACAGGCAAAAGGCCCCUCGGCGCCGCCGGGGAGCUGGUCCAGAGGGAGACGCGCCUCCCUCCCCUCUCUUGUCUUCCCCGCCUUAGCUGACGGCCGCUAGCUCGUGCUGCUACCCGCCGGAGGGCUGGAGGUACUCCCGCGAGCACGACGGCAUCCUCGGGCCCUUCGGCGAGCUCAUGACCGAGGCCGACAUCCUGCGCAUCGAGCAGCAAAUCGACAACCUGCAAGUGUUGCACAAGGCGCAGAAGCUCCAGGCGCGCCUGGAGCAGCUGGAGCUGGAGCUGGAGCAGCUGCUGCCCAUCUCGGCCGCGCUGUCCGCGCCGCGCUUCACCGUCGACCCGCGCCGCAUGCACGGCCGCGCCGCCAGCCUGCCCGCCUGGUGCAGCAAGAUCUCCACGCUGCUCAAGAGCAUGGCCACGCUGCUGGCCGCUCUGGGCGGGCGGCCCGCGCACCUGGCCGAGCUGCUGACCGCCGACACAGGCCAGCCGCUGGCGCCGCUGCCCGACGCGCCCUGGAGGCCCGGGCCGCUCUGUCUGGGCCGCUCACACGCGCUCAGCUGGUGCCGGGAGGCCGUGGCGCGCGAGAUCCUCGAGUGCGGAGUCUCGGUGCGGCGCCUCCGCGCCACGUACGAGCUGCGCGCCCAGGGCGCGGCGCCCGCGCACAGCCCGCGCCGAAAGCUCUCUCAGCCGGGCUGCGAGCCCAUCCUCGAGGAGGACUACCUGGGUGCUGGCUCCGGCGAGCCGAGCGCCGCGGUCGCCAACGGCGGCGUUCAGGCCGCCGGGGAGCCCGGGCGCGCUCCGGCCCCGUCGUCCGUGGCGCCCGCCCUCCAGGAGGCGCUGCCGGAGCCGGAGCAGCUGGUGCGCAGGCCGCCUCUCUCCUCCCAGCUGAGCGGCGUCCAGGAGUACAUCGACAUGCGCAAGGAGCGCAUCGUCUACCUGUUUCUGGAGCACUGGCGCAAGUGGACCGUCCGCGGCCCCGGGCGCCAUGCGCAAGCGCGCCUGCGGAGACUUCUGCCCCGCGUGGUGGCCGCCGGCUCCGGCCCGGGCCCCGAGGACGCGGCCGGCUCCCCGCCGCCGCCCGGUGAGCACCGAGGCCCGGACGAGCGGCUGCUGCACCUGCUGACGCAGCGGCAGGCGGUGGGCAAGCUCCUGGGCCAUUGGCGGAGUUUGCUGCGGCGGGUGCCGGCGCGGCAGCCGUGCGGCCCGGGCCUGGGGCAAGUCGUGUACUGGCCGGAGCACUUCCUGCCGCCCCUGGAGGACGGCGCGCCCCGGAGCUACGACAGCCUGACGCUGGACCUCUUCAUGCUCGGAUACUUCCAGUUGCUCGAGAUGAGCCUGAGCCGCGAGGAGCGCAAGUUCCGCCACCUCCUCUGCUACGAGAUGUUCGACCGGCUGGGCAGCCACCCGUGGGAGCGCAUCCGCCAGUUCCACCGGGCCGUGCUGGAGGAGGUGGAGGCCGGCCGGCGCGGCUGGAGCGAGGGCUUCGCGGACCUCAGGCGCCAGUUCUUUGGAGACAGCCCGGAUGCUGAGCCGGCCCGCGAAGACCAGGCCGAGGAGGAGCAGGAGGAGGAGGAGGGAGAGGAGGGAGAGAAGGAGGGGAAGGAGCCAGCCGCAGAGGCAGCCCCCGCUCAGACCGAGGAGCAGCACGAGGCCCCGGCCCCCGCGCCGCAGCCGCCCCCAGCCGCGCCUCCCCCUGUCUCGGGCCCUUCUGGUUCCGAAGCGCCCGCGGAGGACCCGUUGGAGCUGGUGUCCGAGAUGGGCGAGUUCAGCGACGAGGACAUCUGCCGCUACAUCGACCGCAGCUUCUCCUUCUGGAAGGAGAGGGAAGCAGAGCUAUUUGAUAUCUGAGCAGCUGAAUUUGGAAUUUGCCUCCCAAGCAUCUUCGCGUGGGCCGGGACGCCUGUGUGAUGCGCUCCAGAGGGCUGAAGCCAGGACGGGGGGCCUUGGAAAGCCGCGCGACAGGACCAGGAGCUCCCUGCUGCAGAAUAUAGGGCAUUGGCCAGGAUAGGCGGGGUGUGGCUCGGGGCAAUGCAGGUGUCCACCUGUGGCCCAGUGGCCGUGCUGGGCUCUGCGUGGAGCCCCUCUGCAGGACCGUGGGUCCUCCCUGGGACCUCGCUUGCACUCUGGUUUCUCACUGGGGCCUACAGCUACAUCCUUAGCCACGUGUGCAGUGUUGCGUGUGAUGUGUGACUUGUACAGAGCCGUUCUCCUCUGUAACUUCCAAACAAUAAACUCUUUGUUGUACGCUGCCUGUGUCAAACACCCCCACCCCGGCCGGUCAUUGCUGCCCACACUGGGGGCGCUGAGGUCACUACAGAGGGAAAGGAGCAGGAGUGAGCCUUCGCUCUCUGUGUGUGUGUGUGUGUGUGUGCAGGCAGGUCUGCGUCUGCCCACAGCGUCUGGAUCCCAGGCCGGGGCCCAUCUGUCCACCUGUCGCUGUGGGGAAUCAGGCCCAGGACUUCAUUCUAGUUGGUGUUCUCUCUAGCCCCAGCUCCAGGAGCUGAGGCCACUGGGAGGCAGGUCCCCCAGCAACUUCCUGUUUGUCCCAGAGAAGGGCAUCCAAAGGGCCUGUUCCUGUGACCCCGUGUGCGCUCCACCGCGGCUCCUACAGCUCCCCCAGGGUGGGGGUGCACCCAUCUGGCCCCUUGCCCCCAGCCGUGCAGGUCCUGAAGCUUUGUGGGUGUG